GCCCCUCCCAGACUUCCAUGUGUCUGUGUGCGUUUUUAUCCCCAGUAGAGCAACAAGGCACAGUCAUUCUCCUGGAUCAGCCUCCCCUAAAUCUGUCGGAAAUUGGUACUGAGACAGGAUUAGGCUCCAGGCUCCCUGGUCCCACCACGUCCACUCCUGAGUCUCCCCAGCGAGCUGCUGGCACCAUGAGCACCUGCAGCUUGGGUUGAUGCACUGGUGGCGGCUUCCAGCGGUAGCAGCAGGUCUCUCAUUUGCAUAGUGGAACAUUAAUUUUAUGUGAGAGCUACACAAUGCUGCAGGGUAUAAGUUCUGAUGAUCAUUUCUAGCAAGGGUGUGGAUUUGUGCCGUCAAAGGGUAAAAGUUGUUUCAAGCAUUGUCAAAUAAUGAGUCAGCUCUGAUUAAUGUUUGACUGUGGAGGCGGCAGGCACUAGGACCUCCAGGACGUUACAUCUGCAGCCCUAACCAGAAGAGAAAUCAGGAAAUAACGCAGUGUCUGUUUCUGGGACUAUGCCCUUGAAAAUAAAGCUUUGCUGCUCCAUGUGAAAGGGAGUUCAUUCUUCAGGAAUUUGGGAAUUUGAGUCCAGACUUAGCUGCGAGCAGCUCCAAGGCAUCGCUGCCACCAAGGCCCUGCAUGGACGUGGCUGGGAGGUGACAUCGGGAGAGGACGGGGAGUCCCUGAUGCACUGACGGCCGAGCAUGUCCGGGAAACACUGGCCCCCAGGGACGCAGUGCGUCACCAAGCAUGACCAUAACAAGCCCAAGGCCGGUGAGCUGGCCUUCCACAAGGGAGAUGUGGUCACCAUCAUCGAGGCCAUGGAGGGCAAGGGCUGGUACCGCGCCAGGCACAACGAGAGCGGGCAGGAGGGGCUGCUGGCGGGCAGCGUGCUGCGGGAGCGCGGCGCCAUCCGUGCUGACCCCAAGCUCAGCCUCAUGCCCUGGUUCCACGGGAAGAUCUCAGGGGUGGAGGCAGUGCAGGAGCUGCAGCCCGCCGAGGACGGGCUCUUCCUGGUGCGCGAGUCCGUCCGGCACCCCGGCGACUAUGUGCUGUGCGUGAGCUUUGGCAAGGAGGUGAUCCACUACCGCGUGGUGCACGAGGAGAACAUGCUGAGUAUCGACAGCCAGCACCGCUUCUACAAUCUCAUCGACAUGAUCGAGCACUACACGAAGGAGCAGGGAGCCAUCUGCACCAAGCUGGUGAAGCCCAAACCAAAGACUGGGAUGAAGUCAGCCGAGGAGGAGUUGGCCAAAGCCGGCUGGUUGCUGAAACUGCAGCACCUCACGCUGGGAGACCGCAUCGGGCAAGGCGAGUUCGGAGAUGUCCUGCAGGGUGAGUACAUGGGGCAGAAGGUGGCUGUGAAGAACAUCAAGUGUGAUGUGACCGCCCAGGCCUUCCUCGCUGAAACUGCUGCCAUGACGAAGGUCCGGCACAAAAACCUGGUGCGUUUGCUCGGCGUCAUCCUGCACAACGGCCUCUACAUCGUCAUGGAGUUCAUGAGCAAGGGCAACCUGGUGAACUUCUUGCGCACGCGGGGCCGCGCGCAAGUCCCUACCCAGCAGCUCCUCCAGUUCGUUCUGGAUGUGGCCCAAGGCAUGGACUAUCUGGAGUCCAAGAAGCUGGUGCACAGGGACCUGGCUGCCCGCAACAUCCUCAUCUCCGAGGAGCACGUGGCCAAAGUGAGUGAUUUCGGCUUAGCCCGGGUCAAUCCCAAGGGCGCGGACACCACGGUGCUGCCCGUGAAGUGGACGGCUCCCGAGGCCCUGAAGCACAAUAAAUUCUCUUCCAAGUCGGACGUGUGGAGCUACGGGAUCCUCCUGUGGGAAGUGUUCUCCUUUGGCCGAGCACCCUACCCCAAGCUGAGCCUGAAGGAGGUGACAGAGCUGCUGGAGGAGGGGUACCGCAUGGACCCCCCUGAGGGCUGCCCACCUGCCAUCUACGCGCUGAUGAAGAGCUGCUGGGAGAUGGAGCCGGGCAAGCGGCCAUCCUUCAAGAAACUCACAGAGAAGCUACAGAAGGAGCUGAAGCACCUAAGGGACGUUUAACCUGCGUCCUGAUCCCAGAACCCAUGGCUGGAAGCCCCCCAGACCCACCAGGAUAGGGAGCAACAUGGAAAUGAGUGGCCAGGCAACCUGUGUGCUGCUUUCUCCCAGAGAAGAUGGGGCAAUGGUUUGGCAGUGUGCCCUCCUCCUCUGGGGUGGCCGAAGAGGAUGCAACAACCUCCCAUCAUCCCUGUACGGGUCUUUCACCCAGCCACACUUGGGGCCACCUGGAGCGGCGGCAGGGACCCCGACCCACCAGGCUGCAGAGAGCGGCCCCGCAGGGGUGCUGUGCCCAUGGCCCCCUGUGGGGUCCCUUUGACCCCCCCCCCCCCCCCAGGUGACAGGGGACAGGACAGGACAUCCCAGCCUGCUGGAAAAUGAAACCCCAACCCUGGCAGAGCCCUGCGCUGGCACAAAAUGGAGGCCCAAACACAGCCAGCUCAACUGCCUUAAUUAUUAUUAUUUUUUGAUUAAACCAAAGAAAUUAGUUCAACAGCA